UCGGGGGCGUCUGUUGGUUGAGGGGCGUCUGUGGAGGUGGUUUUAGGGACACCCCGGUGGCUGUCCGUGGCGUGGGCAGAGGGGAAGCCCCUCCGAUAGCUUCAUGGCCUUUGGUCCCGCCUUCACGCUGAGGAGGCCUCGUUUCCGAGAUCAGGUCUGACCCAGGUAGUUCAGUUUUUACAGAUCUUGUCCAGGAGACUCAAAAAGGGGGAUUACAGUGACCUCUAGUGUCCACAGCGCAUAUUGUCUUUGAGAUGCAUAUUUUUCCAUCAUUUUAUUCCAUGGUAUGAUGAUUCUUCAGUCCCAGAAAAAGAUGUGUCUAUAAUUUGAAUGACUCCAUCUUCAGAAUAUUUUAACCCUGCGCCAUUAUAUGUAGCCAAUACUCAUGCAAGUUUUCUUGAAGAUCAAUUAGUUAUUGGAUAUGCUGCUGUUCUUUACUUUGGGAUUGCUCAUACAUUUUGUGUUCUUUGCCUCCAUCUUUGACAUUUAUUUUACGUCUCCUUUGGUUCAUGGAAUGACUCCACAGAUUACUCCAUUGCCUCCUCCAGCAAAAAGAUUAGUACUGAUUGUUGCCGAUGGCCUUCGAGCAGACACACUUUAUGAACUAGAUGAAAAUGGGAACACUCGAGCACCAUUUAUUAGGAACAUCAUAAUGUAUGAAGGCAGCUGGGGGAUAUCUCAUACACGGGUGCCAACAGAAUCUCGGCCAGGUCAUGUAGCCUUGAUAGCUGGGUUUUAUGAAGACGUCAGUGCAGUUGCCAAAGGAUGGAAAGAAAAUCCUGUAGAAUUUGAUUCUCUUUUUAAUGAGAGCAAAUACACAUGGAGCUGGGGAAGCCCAGAUAUCUUGCCAAUGUUUGCCAAAGGUGCUAGUGGAGACCAUGUUUAUACAUAUAGUUAUGAUGCUGAAAGAGAAGAUUUUGGUUCCCAGGAUGCAACAAAACUGGAUUCCUGGGUUUUUGACAAUGUUAAGGACUUCUUUCAUGCUGCCAGAAAGAACCAGACUUUAUUUUCUAAAGUAAAUGAAGAAAAAAUAGUUUUUUUCUUACACUUAUUAGGAAUAGAUACAAAUGGACAUGCUCACCGACCAUCAUCAAGAGAAUAUAAGGACAAUAUUAAAAAAGUUGAUGAUGGAGUGAAAGAAGUCGUGUCUAUGUUUGAACAUUUUUAUGGAAAUGAUGGAAAAACAGCAUAUAUCUUUACCUCUGACCAUGGGAUGACAGACUGGGGAUCCCAUGGAGCUGGUCAUCCUUCAGAGACUUUAACUCCUUUAGUCACUUGGGGCGCUGGAAUCAAGUAUCCACAAAAAGUAUCAGCGCAGCAUUUUGAUGAUGAAUUCUUGAAAGAAUGGAAAUUGGAGAACUGGAAGAGACAGGAUGUCAAUCAGGCUGAUAUUGCACCAUUGAUGGCUUCCCUUAUUGGAGUUCCCUUUCCUCUGAAUUCAGUGGGAACCCUUCCUGUAGAUUAUCUUAACAACACUGAUCGCUUCAAGGCAGAAAGCAUGCUUACUAAUGCACUACAGAUUCUCGAACAGUUCAAGGUAAAGAUGACUCAGAAAAAAGAAGCUACCUUAUCAUUUUUGUUUACACCAUUUAAGUUACUCUCAGAGUCUGAACAACUGAACAUUUUAAGAAAAGCAAGAUCUUCUAUGAAGCAGGAGCAGUUUGCUGAAGUGGUCUACCUCUGCAAGGAGCUGAUUGAUCGUGCACUGAAAGGACUGUCAUAUUAUCACACUUACGACAGAUUCUUUUUGGGCAUCAGUGUUGUCAUUGGUUUUGUGGGAUGGACAUCAUAUGCUUCUUUGCUGAUCAUCAAAUCUCAUUCCAACUUUAUAAGAGACAUUAGUAAGCAAGUUAAGAAACCAAACCACUUCCUGCCAAGUAGUUUUGUAGCUAUUGGAGUUUUGGUCACAUUUUUCCUGCUGAUCCAAGCCUAUCCCUGGACUUACUAUGUGUAUUGUUUGUUGCCAGUGCCAAUAUGGUAUGCAGUCCUAAGAGAAUUUCAAGUUAUUCAAGACCUUGUUACAUCACUGCUAACUUUUCCUCUGAGCCGAUUGGUUGGGUACUUGUUCAUCUUUACUUUGGGAAUCGAAGUGUUAGUUCUCAGUUUUUUCCACCGCUAUAUGCUUACAGCAGGACUCACUGCAUUUGCAAGUUGGCCAUUUUUCACUCAUCUGUGGACUCGAGCAAAGAUUACCUCCUUGGGUUGGACUUUCUUCUCUUUGCUUCUGGCAGUGUUCCCACUGAUGCCUGUUGUAGGUCGGAAGCCGGAUAUCUCACUAGUAAUGAGUGCUGGCUUGCUGGUUCUUCUACUAUCCUUGUUUGUUGUAAUAUCUCUCAUAAAAAGAAAACCUAGUUUGGUAGAAGAAGAGCUAUUGGUGUAUCUGAUACAGAUGCUGAGUGCAGUGCUUUCUAUGUAUAUUGUAUACAGCACCCAUAGUAGUCUAUCCAAGAAAGAAGGACUACCUCUUUCAAAUCAGAUUGUGAGUUGGGCAAUAUUAGCCUCCUCCUUGGUUAUGCCUCUGCUGAGCUCCACAGCUCUUACUCAGCGACUGUGUAGCAUUCUUCUUUCCCUGAUGGCCACCUACUUACUUCUAAGCACAGGAUAUGAAGCUCUGUUUCCAUUGGUGUUGUCCUGUUUGAUGUUUUUCUGGAUACACAUGGAACAAGAAACCCUACAACAAUCCGGUGUGUCGUGUAAACAGAAGCUCAACAGUAUCCAGUUCUCUUAUAACACUGAUAUAGCUCAGUUUCGGCAGCUGCAUCUGGAUGACAUCCGUAGAGCCUUUUUCCUUGUUUUCUUCUUAGUGACAGCAUUUUUUGGAACGGGAAAUAUAGCUUCUAUUAACAGCUUUGAUCUUGCCUCAGUGUAUUGUUUCCUGACUGUGUUUAAUCCUUUCAUGAUGGGAGCCCUGAUGAUGUGGAAGAUUUUAAUUCCUUUCCUUCUUGUGAUGUGUGCAUUUGAAGCCGUUCAGUUAACUACACAGUUAUCAUCAAAAAGCCUUUUUCUCAUUGUUCUCGUCAUAUCAGACAUAAUGGCUUUGCAUUUCUUCUUCUUGGUCAAGGAUUAUGGCAGCUGGCUUGAUAUUGGAACAAGCAUCAGCCACUAUGUGAUUGUUAUGUCCAUGACCAUCUUUCUGGUGUUUCUCAAUGGCUUGGCCCAGCUUCUCACAACAAAGAAACUUACAUUAUAUGGCAAGCCCAAAAGCCAUUUUGCAUGAUGCUGUUGAAGCCAUCAUUCAGUACCCAGAUUCUGGUCCUCCUUCACCUUGGAAACGAAAGUCCCAUCAAGGACUUAAUAAGAAAAUGGAUUUUGAUGCACCUUUUACUCCUGUAGGGAAAAUUAUAUUUUGCAUUUUAAGUGUUCAAUGUAUCUGAGAUAAAGGAGGUUCCUGUUCUCAGGCAUGAAGUCGUGCUUCUAUCUUUGGAAAAGCACAGUAGUCUCCACUUUCAUUUCUUGUGGCUGGCAGCUCUUCUCAGUAAUGCUUCAGGGCAGCUUUUCAUAGCCCCCCCCCCCCGCCCCCCACGGGCACCUGUGCAGCAGGGCCUAUGGCAUUCAAACUAGUAGCUGUCCUGGCCAAGCUUGAAGGGAAUCACCAGGUGGCACCAUAAAUAUUUAUCAGCUUGCGGCACUGGUUUUGUAAUAGUUCUAACUAUUCAGUAAUAUUCCUAUAAUGGCAGGAUAUGCUAUUUGAAGUUUACUAAAACUUCAAUCACAAAACCUUUGGCAGAUGUUAGUCAGUUUUCUUCAGCAUGCAGGGAUAGUACCUUUGCUUGAAUGCUGCUCCUAUGAUUGCCAUAGUCAACCAGCUUGAUACAGAUUUUAACCUUCACAUUUUCUCCUAUUUCUGGAUUACCAUGGAAUUUCUGGGAAUAGGAGUACAAAAUGCUUACUAUUUGUGUCCUUUGUACAUGAAAAAACAUGAAACAGUUUUUAUUUGUGGACUCAGUAUCUGUUACUUCUAUUACUUUCUUCAUGUAUUGUUUCACCAGAAUUCUCAAAAUUAGUGGUUAAAAGUGUAUAACUGAAGCCAGUGCUGGUGGCUCACAUCCAUAAUACUAGCUACUCAGGAGGCUGAUCUGAGGAUCAAGCCUUAAAGUUAGCGCAGGCAGGAACGUCCGUGAAACUCUUUAUUUCUAAUAAACUACUCAGG